AUGGCGCCGCCGGCCUCAGUUUCUCUCGUCGGACCACCGGAAAUCUACCCGGCAACCCCCACCCCCUCCGCCACCGCCACCACCACCGCCACUGCUCCCACAACAGCCGCCCCGAGAUCGUACUUGGAUGUCCUGGUAGCGAACUUGAAAAGCGCUCCAAUGGGUCUGACGGAGAAUUUAUCGCCGACCUUCCUCUCGACGGGGAACCCCUGCCUUGAUUUCUUCUUCCACGUCGUCCCCGACACAUCGCCGGAGACCCUAACCGAGCGCCUGAAGCUCGCGUGGGAGCAGGACCCGCUGAAGGCCCUGAAGCUCGUCUGCAACCUCCGUGGGGUGCGGGGCACCGGAAAGUCGGAUAGGGAAGGCGGUUACACGGCGAUGCUCUGGCUGCACAAGAACCACCCCAAAACUCUAGCCCGCAACAUAGACUCGCUGGCGAGUUUCGGCUACUUCAAGGACCUGCUCGAGAUUCUCUUCCGGAUUCUCGAAGGCCCCGACGCCCGGAAGCAGGCCAAGGAGGCGUACGAGCAAUGGAAGCAGAGGAAACAAAUGAAGGAGACGAAUAAAUUGUACAGGAAGCAAAGGGAACAUAUGAAGGAGAUGAAGAAAUUGUAUGGCGAAGACUAUUACGGCAGCCGGAGAAGGUUCUGCGGCAGACUGAAGAGGAGCAACAAAUCGAAGAAGGAGAAAAUCAAGCCAAUCGAGCCAAUCUUCAGCCGAGAGGAGAAGAGAAUCCUUCGUGCCAAAAGGGUCGUCGACAGGUUUAACAGAGAUCCCGACUUCAAGUUCCUGCACAACUGUGUGUCGGACUGUUUCGCACGGUUCCUGAGAUCGGACAUGGAGAUGCUGAACUCGGGGUAUCUCAACAAAAUCAGCCUGGCUGCGAAAUGGUGCCCUUCUAUAGACUCCUCCUAUGAUCGGAUCACGCUUCUGUGUGAGACAAUCUCGAAAAAGGUUUUCCCGAGAGUCGAAUAUCCGGAGUACGAAGGAGUGGAGGAGGCCCACUACGCUUAUCGAGUGAGGGACCGUUUAAGGAAGGAAGUGCUCGUCCCUCUUCGUAAAGCCCUGGAGCUUCCAGAGGUUUACAUUGGGGCCAACGAUUGGGGUUCCCUCCCUUACAACAGGGUUGCCUCCGUUGCCAUGAAAACGUACACACGCUUAUUCUUCAAACACGACGAGUCGAGGUUUCGGGAGUAUCUGGACAAGGUAGAGAGAGGUGAAGCCAAGAUUGCAGCCGGUGCCUUGCUGCCGCACGAGAUAAUUUCCGGCCUGGAUGAUGGCGGCCAGGUGGCGGAGCUUCAGUGGAGAAGGAUGGUGGAUGACAUGGCGAAGAUUGGGAAGCUGAAUAAUUGUUUGGCAGUCUGUGAUGUGUCGGGGAGUAUGUCCGGGAUUCCAAUGGAUGUAUCGGUUGCUCUCGGGCUUUUGGUGUCUGAAUUGAGUGAGGAGCCUUGGAAAGGGAAAGUGAUUACAUUCAGCGGAAAUCCCAAGCUUCAUACAGUCGAGGGUUCCAGCCUGAAGGAGAAGACUCGGUUUGUGAUGGGUAUGGAAUGGGGCAUGAACACGAACUUCCAGAGGGUGUUCGACUUGCUGCUUCAGGUGGCGGUGGACGGGAAACUGAAGCCGGAUCAGAUGAUCAAGAGAGUGUUUGUUUUCAGUGACAUGGAAUUUGAUGUGGCGUCUAUGAACCCGUGGGAGACUGAUUACGAGGCCAUUGUGAGGAAGUUUGGUGAGAAGGGCUAUGGGGAUUGUGUGCCUGAGAUUGUGUUUUGGAACCUGAGGGACUCACGGGCUACGCCGGUGCCGGCAAACCAGUCGGGGGUGGCGCUCGUGAGCGGGUUCUCGAAGAAUCUGAUGAAGUUGUUUUUGGAGGGAGGUGGGGUAAUAGAUCCUGUGGUGGUCAUGGAGGCUGCCAUUGCAGGGGAGGAGUAUCAGAAGCUUGUGGUGGUAGACUGA